AUGGACCGCUGUUCCUUGUUCUUGGGACCGCCCACUGGUGCCUUGGAGCGCGGUUCACUAGUCAUGGAUUAUUAUGGAUACGUUCGGUGGUAUAAUCUCGCGCUGAAAGGACCAGUCUCUUCCCGUCGUCUCCAUUCGUUGAUAUUUCAAGAUGAUGCUGGUGACCUCGUAUGCGUUUCUCCGGCAUUGACGGCCAAGGUGUCGGUCGUGUGCAGCGGUCCCAGUUCAUCUCACCCAAGGCCCGAAGCUCCACCAGCCAAAAGUGGAGGACGAUCGGGAGGAGAGGCAGAUGGCAGGAUCAAGGACGAUAAUUUGGAGCAGCCUCAUUUGUCACCAGCAGUGAAGGUACCAAGUCCUGGUUGCAGCAGAACCGGACCUUGA